CUUCCGGUUGCGCCGGAAGUAGGUAUAUGAGGCCUGCCGGGGUUCGUGAAGUGCUCGCUCUGGGCCGGGACACUCUGACGCGACCAUGGACCGGAGGAAAAAGCCUUUGGACGUCACGGCCUCCUCGUUGGUAGACCUUAAGGCUGAACUCUUCCGAAAACAAGAAGAAUUCAAACAAGAAAAACUUCUAAAAGAUUCUGGAGUUUUGGGGAAACCAAAAACAACUAAUAAGAAACCAAGUAUCUGGAGCAAACAGAAUGCAGGAGUUUCUAACCGAGCUGAGAAGGAUGCUGAACAGAAGAUUGAGGAACAGAAGACGUUAGACAGAGCAAGGGAGAAAUUGGAAGAAAAAGCCAAAUUAUACGAAAAAAUGACUGAAGGAGACUUUAUCGAUGAAGAAGUGGAGGAUAUGUACCUUGUGGAUUUCACACAGAAGAUCAUAGACAAACACAAAGAAAUGGAAGCGAUUGGUGCCAGUAGAGAUUCUAGAAAGACAGGAGAAAGAGACGAUGAUGAAGAAAUCCUUUCUGAAAAGGAUAUCCCUCCUCCCCAGGACCCCAGUGAGGAAUGGGUGGAUUAUGUGGAUUCUUUAGGGCGAUCCCGGCGCUGUAUGAGAAAGGAUUUGCCAGACCUGCUGGAGAUGGAUAAAAAUCUUCAGGGGAGGCUUUUUGUUAGCCCUGCCAAUGAAAAAACCUUACUGUCUGAAGAUAUGAGAAAAGAACUGCAGCGCCAGCAAUGGGAGGAAGAAGAGAGGGAGGCCCUGAGGAGGCCUGUGGGGCCCGUACACUACGAAGACGUUCGCGAAAAUGAGGCCCGGCAACUCGGUGUUGGAUAUUUUGCCUUCGCCCAAGAUAAAGAGUUGAGAAACAAGCAAAUGAAAACUUUAGAAAUGCUGCGUGAACAGACAACAGAUCAGAGAACAAAACGAGAAAACAUAAAGGAAAAGAGAAAGGCCAUGUUAGAAGCAAGACUUGCCAAACUCCGACAAAAAAAGAUGAAAAAAUCAAAAGAAGACGGAGCAGAGGAAGAAAACAGAGAUGGAGAUGUUAUUGGACCUUUGCCACCAGUACCAGAGGUCCUGCCAGCUCCUCGUCCAGCUGCCUCGAGUAGCAAAGUGGAAGUCAUCGUUCAGGAGAGGAGGGACACCAGGCCUGGGGUGCCGCACGUCCGGGAGUGGGACAGAGGGAAAGAAUUUUCCUUUGGGUACUGGUCGAAGAGACAGUCAGAUCUCCGGGCUGAGAGAGACCCUGAGUUUGCCCCGCCAUCGGAUUACUUUGUGGGUCAAAAGAGAACUGGUUCUUCGAGUAGCCAGACGUGGAGCAGACCCGCACCUGCACAGAGUGGCCCCGGGCAGCCCUCCAGCCAGAGCCAUGACCCUGGCUCUUCCCAUCUACCGUCGGCUCCUGCCCCCGGCAGCCCACCAGCAGCCCCGACCGUCACUUUUGAAACUCUGGAUGAUAUGAUAUCAUAUUAUAAACAAGUGACAUGAACUGAAGAACAUUGUGUCUUGGGUUUGUACUGUUGAUGGUGACUCCUCCUCCCACAGCUCAGAGAAUAACUUUAGGACCUGAAUUGUAAUUUCCUUUCUUGUCCUUUCCCUGAAGACCCAGACUUUUGCUUGGAUUUGUCAGCAAGGAGGAAAGUGAAUAGUGCUGUGAGAAUUCUGUGGCCACCUGGCUGUUGAUUUCUUUCUAAAUGGCAUGGAGCCCUGAUCAUCUGGAGUUGCCGUGUGCGCUGGGAUGGAGUAGAAUCACUCUGCUGUUAGGUACUCUUGCUUCAUCCCCCUCCCACGACUUACCCAGAGUUAAGGGCCCCCCUCCUUCCCUCUUGCCGCUGCUAGCUUGCAGCUCACUUGAUGGAGCAUCUGCAGGAGGAAUUUUGCCUGGCACGUGGGGGGACACUUGUGUGGGAGGCAGAGUGAUCCGGUCUCCGGGAGCACCCUGAGCUGUGGAGUAUGAAGCAGUAACAUUUGAAAUGAUGAGGACGACCAGGGAGGAGAACUUCAUAAUCCAGAAGGAAGACACUGAAGCCAUUGCUUUUAUUGCCACCCCUUCCUGAGUGGUGAUUGUCACACCGCGCACAGUGGGCGCUCCGUCAGUGCAGACUGAGUGACCAGGGCACACGUGGAGGCUCCCGGGCCUGGGCAGGGAGCCAGGUGCUCCUUAGCUGUCAGGGUUGGUUUCUUAGCUCCAUUCCCAGUCUAGGCUGUCGUCUCUCCUGGGAGCUGAGUCACCUCACAAGCCUGGUUGGGGUGGACUUGGGCUGGAGUGAGGGGCAGCUGGGCCCCUUUGUCUUUACUAGCAACAAGUAGGUGAGCAGGGCUCCAGAAGAACUUCCUGUGCCUGGAUCCCACGCCCGUCCUCGACCCGUCGCACCUCCGAGUCCUCUUCACAGCGGCAGACAAGCAGUAGGAGUUGGCGGCCAGGCCCGCGGGGCUUCUGCGGCCACCUCCCUGGGCAGUGAGCCCUCCCUGUGUCCGCAGGAGCCCACGGCACGCGGGGUUGACGGGAGCCCCGUUCUCAUUACGGACUACAAGCUGGAGUGCAGGGAGGCGCGGUGGCUGGCCUCGCGGGGUCUCAGUGGCGCGUCAGGCCCCACACGCAGCCUCUGAGGUGUUUGUUUGCUGCGGGCUUGUGCUUUCUCCAGCACCCUCCGCUCUGCCUUUUAUUCUAAUGUCAAGCAGUCUUAGAUGAGGCAAAAAUCCCAAAUUUUUGCAAACUUAACCUCUAAAAUCCAGAUCAUGGGCAAAGUUGCCAGACUUACCAAUGAUCGUUCUGUCAGCCUCGUGAGGCACAUACCUCCUGUAACAAGGGUAUGUGAAAACACAACUGACCCACCUGCCCUUUUUGCAGAAAUUGACAGGAUGGCCCUAAAGCGCAUACAGAACUGCAGGGGACUCAGAGUAUCCAAAGCAAAGUUAAAAAAACAGCAGUUGGAGAACUCACACUUCCUGAUUUGAAGACUUAAUGCAAAGCGACAGGAAUCAAAACUGUGGUAUAAGGGAAGACAAAUCAGUGAAACAGUUGAGGGUCCAGAGAUAAACCCUUACCUCUGUGGUCAGUUCACUUCUGACAGUCAGGCCGGGAGCAUCCAGUGGGGGAAGAGCAGUCUUCGGCAGGUGGCUCUGGGACAGCUGACUGCACACGGAAGGGUGGACUUGAAUGCGUACCUGACACAUGCAGGGCCACCUCAAAAUGGAGCAGAGACCUAAACGUAAAACUAAAACCAGUUGAAACAGCUUGUGGGACAAAAGGGGAGGAGACGAAAAGAAAACUUGCACUAAAAGGAAAACGUAGAAUUACUAGAUAUCCUAGAAUCACAAGGAAAAAUAGAGAAAAAGGAAAACAGUAGACAAAUAUGGGAAAGGGUGUAUUUAUAAGGUAGAGCAGGACAUGAGAGGCGGAUUGUGGAGAAAAGACAGGGAGACUGCAGGCAGCAAUAAGCCCAUGAGUACGGGAGCCAGCAGUCACAGAAAGGCCACCCAGUAACCUUUGUCCUUGCCCAGGGCACCCACGGUAAAUAGAAGAGCAGUCAGUGCAUGUGGGCUCGUGGUCACUGUUGACUGAUAGAACUAAGUCAGAUUGUCUAGGAUUUCAAAGACCAUAUCAGUGUACGUCUAAUCCCCCUUUAACAGCUUGCGUUUAGUUGAGUGUUUUGCGAACCAGUUACCUCUUCCAUUUCUGACCCAGAGUUCAGGUGUUAAGUGCGGUUCUUUUCUCACGGGGCCGUUUUGUAUGAGUGUGUCCAGCAGAGGGCGCUGGAGUCCUUAGGCUGCGGACCAGCGCUGUAGAACAGCCCUGCCUGGUAGAGAUGGGGUAUAAGCCUUGUGUGUCGUUUUCAGAGUCUGGGAUCCACACUUAAAGAAUGAAGUGAAUUUUGUGCUGUGCGGGCACCCCUUGGUGUCUGUGGGGGUUGGUUCCACAGCCUGCUGUGGGCACCGGAAUCGGUGGACGUUCCCGUCCCACACUCAGCCACUGUGUCUGCAGGUCCACGGCCACCGCUCGGCCCGCCGUGGCUGCUGUGGUCCUGUUGAAGAAGUCCGCCUGAAGGCGGACCCACGCGGUUUAGACCCUGUUCGAGGGUCGGCUGUGCGUCAGUCCGGUGCAUCUGAAGUAUUUCAACACUUAAUCCAUGAACAGAAGGUGCUGAUGGGGUGUUUUACAUUUCUGUUCACAUCAAGUCUUCAAAAUCCACUGUGUGCUCACUUACGGUGCGUCUUAAUUCAGAUGCCAGAUUUUCACGAGGAAUGCAUGAUCUGUGUUUAGAGUUCAUGAAAUAAUACAUUUGAAAAAGUAGAUUCACAUACCUAUGUUGUUCCAGACAUACUUAAAACAUGUUGAAAAGUUUACUGGAUUGAUUAUCAAGUUUUAAAUGUAGUCAAAUUAAAGUGUAGUUCCUUAUAUUAACCGCAUUUCAGAUGCUCGAAAGACACACGUCUAGUGGUACUGAGUGCACAGCACAAUUGUAAAUGACCUGUUUUUACACGCUUUGUGGUCUGUACACAACUCUCCCAUUAGUAACUGAAGGAUUGGCAAAAAGACCUCUUCCAGGCUGCAUGAAGCAGUUACAAUACUCCUGUGGCUGUGUUGAACUUGGGAGCCGGCAGUGCUGAAAUCUCCUGUCAGAAAGCAUGACCACAGCUCAUUCAGGCUGUGUGGAGCUAAGCAAAGUGUUUUGGAUCAGAAAUUGCUUUGAAUUAUUUGUUUUCAUUGUAAUCUUUUCUUGGGGCCUGAGUGUGUUUUGAUACAGUUCGCUUGAAUUGGCUAAAUAAAUCAUUUUGUUUGCUUGCAGAAUUCCCAAAGGAGAAACUUUAAAUCCAUAUACAUGAGAUUCCUGCUAUGUUUAGCUGUGCAUUUGCCAAAAACUUGAGGGAUAAUUUAUUUCCUCUUAAAGCCGUAGUGCAGCGUGCAGGAUGGCUCUCGGCUAAGCUUGUUGUGACACACAGGUGAGGCAGUAGAAUUUAGAACUUGGAAUGGAGGUGGGUACUGGUCUUUACAGUUAGUGCAGCGCAGCACAGCCACGCCAUAUGUGCUUCAUUUCUUUUCAGCCAGUGAAUUGAACUAAGUCAGUUGUAUGUCAAGCAGUUCCUGCAAGAAACUACAUGGCUAAGGUAGGAUGGUGAUGAUUGAGAAGAGUGUGUUGGCCUGCGGAAAACCGUGAGAGAAAGUGAAACUCCCCUGGUCCUCGCUCCUGCGUGUGCGGCAGGUUGGUGGUGAGGCCUCUGCUGGUGUGGGCCAUGGGCGUCCGCUUAACAUUCGAAGUCCGCGUGGGGGCGGAGUUGGGAGAACGGUGGGGUGGUGUAGACGAUUGUCUGGGAGAACGGGUUAAUCAGAAAAGGCAGGUGAAGCAGGGUGUUUCAGUGACGACCUGCCGCCCAGGCUUCAUGUGAUCUGCUGCCGGGUUUCUCAGUAAAUCCUCGGCCGUUUGUAUGCAGGCCUGGUAGACGUCUGUCUGUCCAGCAUAAAGUACUACUCUUCCACCCUCCGUUUGUACAGCGUCUUUCCCCACACUGCCCUUCUGACGGCCAGGUUCUCACCAGCUGUAAGCUCGCCUGCUCGCUGGCAGUUUCGCCUGGUUGCAAGCCCUUUCUCGGGGGUACACUGUGUCCUGUUUCUGCUUGGCCAUUAACAGCAAGUAAGUGUCCCUGCUCUUGAACAGGGGGUGGAGCUCUGGACCCCUCACUCCCACCCCGCUCCUCUCUGCGUGGACAGUCCCGGUGCUUCAGGGAAGUUCAUGAAAAGUAGGAAACAAGAAGGGACCCUGCUUGCCGCCCAGGCCCCCGGUCACAAGCCUGUCUGAGGACAUGCUGCUGUCUUUGCAGGGGGCCCAUGUUUAUUGUCUUCUUUCUGGAAAUAUUAUCUUUACCUUAAAAAGGAAAGGCUUUGUAUCUCUGCUUCCAGUUGUGAUCUGCAUCAGUGUUUAUGGGACCUGUAAUCAGUGUAGAUCUACCCACUUGUGGUUUCCUUUCUCAGUUUAACAUCUUUUCUAAGACUGAGCUCAGUUUAUUUUUUGCUGCCUAAUAGUUCGUCAAGUUAAUCUACGUCGUUGUUAAACACCCUCAGUUGGUGGCUGGCUGUGUUAUUUCACUAGCAGGAGUGAAGUGGCUACAAGCAUCGUUCUGUUGGGUUUAACUGUCUUUAUCCAAGUACCUUCCCUCCCCCUUUGUAAACCGUUCCCUUGGGCGUUACUGUCAGAACUGAAAUCACUGGGUUGAAGGGUUGAUCUUUUUUUGUCUCUUGACGGGUCUUACCAGGAGACUCAUCUUAAGGACCCUUGGCACCACAGUGAAUCCCCCUGGUGGAGGAUGCAGGUGGUUGAGUGAAUCCCCCCUGAGGACUAGCGGCGGCCGUGGGUGCAGCUUCCUGGGCAGCAGGCAGUUAAGCGUGGUCCCGCGGACACGCCCCGCUCUGCCUGCGUCAGUCCUCCUCUUUCUGUAGCUCAGCCCUUUCUUCCCCUGUCUGCUCAGAGCAUUCACGCAUGUCCAGAACAUUCCUUACGCAGUGAUGGAGAGGACGGCAUCUGUUAAUCUUCCUAAUUCUGUCUCCAGCUCUUUUGCACGUCGGGUGCAGCGUAUUCUCUGGCCCAUCCUCGCCGGCAGCUGCGCUUGCUCCCAGGGUAGCAGUCGCGCGGGUUCCUCUGGAUGCUCACUGUUCUCAUCAAAAGCAUUCUGCUUAAAACCAGAGAGAGACGGAAGCAAGAGAAAACAGCAAAGAAAAUCGGGACCAGAUAACCUGAGAGAACUAAGUUUACUUUUGUUUUCAAGUAAAUGGAUGGAUACAACUUCUACCCCAAAAUGUAUUCUUGGAUCAGUGCCGGUGUGAGACGGAAGUAUGCCCUUUUUUAAAAUCUGUGCCUGAAUUUCCCCCUCAACUUCCUUCUUGGUUGAGUGCCUUGGUUUUUCCAAAGCCCGUUCAGAGCUUUCCCGUUUUUCACCGCUGCUCUCCUUGCACCCCACUGGGUACCCCUGCGGCUUGGCUGGUUCUGUGCCUUCUGAAGUGCUCUUCCAGGUGCACCAAGGGCUGGAAAUGUCUCUUUCACUGUAGGAUGAAAUCAGAGAGCUGUGGGUGCAGUUCCCACCUUGGUCAGCCCCCACCACAGCCACACACCCCAGGCUCUUCCCACUACACUGCCGGCUCCUGAAAUACAGGUGCCGCCUUCGCUGGCCGUCCUUCUGUGGUUUCCCGUCGCUGGUAAGAUGAAGUCCAGGUUCAGCCUUUCACACCAGCUCCUCUCUGCAGACCGCUGCCGCCCCUUCCACACAACCCCUCUCCCUGUAACCUGGAGCGUCCCCUAGUUACUCGCAGUUCCCUAAACAUGCCAGGCUGUUGAGAGCCUGCAGGCUGAACGAGCGCCGUUCCCAUCAACGGAGCGCUCUUCCUGCCCCUCCUCGUUCACUAGUCAGCUUCUACUUCCGCACCAGUUUGUCCUUGCCAUUGUGCAGCCUCCUUCAACCACUUCAAAUAAUUAUCUUUCUCUACUUCACAUUCAUUGAACACUUAGCUCUGUGCUGGGCACCGUGCCAGCCCUGAACGCCCGUGACCUCACUUAGUCCUCACGGUCCUGGGAGGCGGGGCCUGGUGUCCACAGUGCUGGGCUCAAGGCGGUGCGGCCCGGGCUCUUAGCCGCCAGUGACCUGCCUUUUCUGGGCUCCCCUUCUGCCCCUUCCUGACUUGUCACUGUGGCCUGUGCGUGCGCGCCCCUCCCUCAUCUCUGUCCUGCCCCGAGCCCGCUUGGAGGGGACAGGCAGCAGGUCGCUGAAUGAAGACGCUGGGCCCGUGGGCCUCUUCCAUAGCCUUUGUAAGCGUCUCCCACCAUCUUCUCACGUUUCUGUGGGAACUGUUAAUUGAAGCUUUGUCUGCAGCCGUCUGCAGGGGUCUCUUAGCUGUCUGCUGGACUCUGAUGCCACAAAUAUUUUUAUUUCCUGGCACGUGGCGGCUCACCUAGCGUCAUACUUAGCAUCGUGGAGACUGUAAGAGCAGAAGAUGACGUGGUGCCUGCCCUCCACUUGCAGAGAUGAGACCACAUGGCACGCAACCGGCACUUAAAGACAGUACAUUUGGGUGCCCGUGUUGAGUGUAUCGUUACAGGACAAACGCGGAUUCUUCAGCACAGCAUACAGGCCCUUCGCGAUCUGGUUCUGGACCCCUUUUCCGUCUUCGUCUGCUCCCUCUCCCACAGACCCCCAAACUCCAGCCUUACUGAUGGGUUUCGCGGCUCUGUGAACCCGCCAUGCUUUAAAUGUCUCCGUUCCUCCGCACAUACUGUUCUUUUUGCCAACAAUGCCUUCUCCUCCUUACCUGCCUGGCAAAUUCAUACUCAUCUUUUCUGAAAGCCUUCAGUGUGGCUUCCUUUAGACUUCUGUCUUCAGUUUUCAUGGCCUUUGUACAUUUUUCUGUAGUGUGACCCUGGUGAUUUCAUAAAUCAGUUUUGUAAGUC